CCUCAGCUGACUCAAUGGGAACCAGCUCUUGGUUUUUGUUUUUUUUAAUUUAUUUUUUGCAAGAGUUUCAGUUUAGGCAGAAAAACCUGGAGAAAUCAGGGCGCUGGAGCAGGGCUGAUAAGAGGAUUACCUGUGGUAAGGUGCAGGAAGAAGAGUCGCAGGAAGAAGCGUGAAUUAAGAGGGUUAAAAGAAGACAAGGAGUUAAACGAAGAGGCGAAAAGGAGAAGGAAGAGGAGGGUUUGACGAGCAAGGCUGCAACUGCUGUAGCAGGGACCACGUUUCCUGCGCUUUUAGAGAUAAGCGGGGAGAGGGGCAAAAAGAGGGAGCCUUUUGUGGAAAGUGGCAGCCCAGGAGCAAACCCAGGAGUCUGGGGUUCCCCCCGCCCCGAGCUGCAACAUCUCCUUGGAGGCACUGAUCGCCACCAGCUGGCGCUGUUCGUGGCUGGCUGGCUGGGGGGGGGGGUUUGAAGAACUCAUUUGCAAAUUGACCGCCCUGCUGGUUUGCCCGAACCAUUUUUUGCAAGGUAUUUUUUUAACAAAGGGGUUUUGGUAGGCAAGAAAACUCGUCGAAGAUGAAACAAGAUGUCUGACAAAAUGUCUAGCUUUCUGUACAUCGGGGAUAUCGUCUCACUCUACGCCGAGGGCUCGGUGAACGGCUUCAUCAGCACUCUGGGGCUGGUGGAUGACAGAUGUGUGGUUCAACCAGAGGCAGGUGAUCUCUGCAAUCCUCCUAAGAAAUUCAGAGACUGCCUUUUUAAGGUCUGCCCUAUGAACCGAUACUCUGCACAGAAACAAUACUGGAAAGCCAAGCAAGCAAAACAAGGGAACCACACGGAAGCCGCAUUGCUGAAGAAGCUGCAACAUGCCGCAGAACUGGAACAAAAGCAGAAUGAAUGUGAGAACAGGAAACUGCUGGGUGAAAUUGUGAAGUACAGCAACGUCAUACAGCUACUUCACAUAAAAAGCAACAAAUACCUUACGGUGAAUAAGAGAUUGCCAGCCCUAUUGGAGAAGAAUGCUAUGCGGGUCUCUCUGGAUGCUGCUGGGAAUGAGGGGUCCUGGUUUUACAUCCAGCCCUUUUGGAAAUUGAGGAGUGAAGGUGACAAUAUUGUUGUAGGGGACAAAGUUGUACUGAUGCCGGUCAGUGCAGGGCAGCCUCUUCAUGCCAGCAACAUCGAACUUCUGGAUAACCCUGGGUGCAAAGAGGUAAAUGCAGUCAACUGCAAUACCAGCUGGAAGAUAACCUUAUUCAUGAAAUAUAGUUGCUACAGAGAAGAUGUACUCAAAGGUGGAGAUGUUGUCAGAUUGUUCCAUGCAGAACAGGAGAAGUUUCUGACCUGUGAUGAGUAUCAGAAGAAGCAACAUAUCUUCCUUCGCACAACACUGCGCCAGUCAGCCACUUCUGCAACUAGUUCUAAAGCUCUGUGGGAAAUAGAGGUAGUGCAUCAUGACCCAUGCCGUGGAGGAGCAGGGCAAUGGAACAGCCUAUUCAGAUUUAAACAUCUAGCAACGGGAAACUACUUGGCUGCAGAGCUUAAUCCACACUAUCCAGAUGGUAGUAAUGGGGAAAAGGCUGUGCAGAGAGACAGCGAACUUCUCAUUUCAAAGAAGAAACGACAGGCUGGGGAAAAAAUUAUGUAUACUCUGGUGUCUGUGCCACACGGAAAUGACAUUGCCUCUCUUUUUGAACUGGAUGCUACCACCCUUCAGCGAGCUGACUGCCUGGUUCCAAGAAAUUCUUAUGUGCGACUGAGGCACCUGUGCACCAACACAUGGGUCACCAGUACCAGUAUCCCAAUAGACAAAGACGAAGAAAGGCCUGUGAUGUUAAAGAUUGGGACCUGCCAAACGAAAGAAGACAAGGAAGCAUUUGCGAUUGUGUCUGUUCCUCUGUCUGAGGUUAGAGAUUUGGAUUUUGCUAAUGAUGCAAACAAGGUUUUAGCAUCCACAGUUAAAAAGUUGGAGAAUGGCUCCGUAACUCAAAAUGAAAGGAGGUUUGUAACCAAGCUGUUGGAAGAUCUCAUUUUCUUUGUUGCUGAUGUGCACAAUAAUGGCCAGGAAGUGUUGGAUGUGAUGGUCAUUAAGCCCAACCGAGAGAGGCAAAAAUUAAUGAGGGAACAAAAUAUAUUGGCACAGAUAUUUGGGAUCUUGAAAGCUCCAUUUAAAGACAAAGCGGGAGAAGGAGCCAUACUGAGACUUGAAGAUCUGGGCGACCAGAGAUAUGCCCCAUACAAAUACAUGCUGAGACUUUGUUACAGAAUCCUCCGGCAUUCCCAGCAGGACUACAGGAAAAACCAGGAAUACAUUGCUAAGAACUUCUGCGUCAUGCAGUCUCAGAUCGGCUAUGAUAUAUUGGCAGAAGACACAAUCACAGCUUUGUUGCACAACAACAGGAAGCUACUAGAGAAACAUAUCACAGCUAAAGAAAUAGAGACGUUUGUAAAUUUACUUAGGAGGAAUCGAGAGCCAAGGUUCUUGGACUAUCUGUCAGACUUGUGUGUUUCUAACACAACUGCAAUCCCAGUCACUCAGGAACUUAUUUGCAAAUAUAUGCUGAGCCCAGGAAAUGCUGAUAUUCUCAUUCAGACCAAGUUGGUCUCAGUGCAAAUGGACAACCCCUUGGAUUGCUCCACCCUCUCUGAUGAUCUAGACGAGGAAGAGGUUUGGCUGUACUGGAUUGAUAGCAACAAGGAACCUCAUGGCAAAGCAAUCAGGCAUCUUGCCCAAGAAGCUAAGGAGGGCACCAAAGCUGAUUUAGAAGUCCUCACUUAUUACAGGUACCAGUUGAACCUCUUUGCAAGAAUGUGUCUGGAUCGCCAGUAUUUGGCUAUAAACCAGAUUUCCACGCAGCUGUCGGUGGAUCUGAUCCUGCGCUGCAUGUCGGAUGAGAGCCUGCCUUACGACCUGCGAGCCUCCUUCUGCCGUCUCCUGCUGCAUAUGCAUGUGGAUAGAGAUCCCCAGGAGAUAGUGGUGCCUGUGAAGUAUGCCAGGCUGUGGACCGAAAUCCCUACCAAGAUCACUAUCCACGAGUACGACUCUUUCACAGAUUCCUCACGAAAUGACAUGAAGAGGAAAUUUGCUUUGACAAUGGAAUUUGUAGAGGAGUACUUGAAAGAAGUUGUGAACCAGCCUUUUCCUUUUGGAGACAAACAGAAGAACAAGCUAACUUUUGAGGUUGUGCACCUGGCUCGCAAUCUUAUAUACUUUGGUUUUUAUAGCUUCAGUGAGCUACUCAGACUGACUAGAACAUUACUGGCUAUCCUUGAUAUUGUACAAAUGCCUAUGUCAUCAUACUUUGAAAGAUUAAGCAAAUUUCAAGAUGGAGGAAACAAUGUUAUGAGAACCAUUCAUGGUGUGGGAGAGAUGAUGACUCAAAUGGUCCUCAGCAGAGGCUCUAUUUUUCCUCUUUCUGUGCCUGAUGUACCCCCAAGUGUCCACCCAAGCAAGCAGGCCAGCAUUGUAGAGAGUGAAGAUGUCACUGUGAUGGACACCAAAUUAAAAAUCAUUGAGAUUUUACAGUUUAUUCUUAGUGUUCGGCUUGACUACAGAAUAUCGUACAUGCUGUCAAUCUACAAGAAAGAAUUUGGAGAGAGCAGUGAAAAUGUUGAUAGUUCAGUGCCAUCUCCCCCUGACACACCAAUUCUCACAUCAGGAGUUGUUCCUAACAUAGAUGAAAUUGCUGCUGAAGCAGAAACUAUGUUUGCUGGCAGAAAAGAAAAAAACGCAGUGCAGCUGGAUGGUGAAGGUGGCAGGACAUUCCUGCGAGUCCUCAUUCACCUGAUUAUGCAUGACUAUCCUCCUUUGCUUUCUGGAGCCCUGCAGCUGUUGUUUAAACACUUCAGCCAACGAGCAGAAGUUUUGCAAGCCUUUAAACAGGUUCAGUUGCUGGUAUCUAAUCAAGAUGUGGAUAACUACAAGCAAAUUAAAACUGAUCUUGACCAGCUAAGGCUUACUGUAGAAAAAUCUGAACUUUGGGUUGAAAAGAACAGUUAUGAAAGUGGAGAGCUGGGCGAAAGUCAGGCAAAAGGAAGUGAUGAACCCAUGGAGGAGUCAAAUAUUUUAAGUCCAGUCCAGGAUGGGAGUAAGAAACCUCAGAUUGACAGUAACAAGAGCAACAACUACAAUAUUGUGAUGGAGAUCCUGAUCCGAUUAAGCAAACUCUGCAUCCAGAAUAAAAAAUGUCGCCAUCAGCAGCAGCGCUUGCUGAAAAAUAUGGGCGCUCACAGUGUGGUGCUGGAUCUUCUGCAGAUACCCUAUGAGAAGACUGAUGAAAAGAUGAAUGAAGUUAUGAACUUAGCUCACCUGUUUCUUCAGAACUUCUGUCGUGGAAAUCCUCAGAAUCAAGUUCUACUUCAUAAACACCUCAACUUAUUUCUAACACCUGGUCUUCUUGAGGCUGAAACCAUGCGGCACAUCUUCACAAACAAUUACCAUCUGUGCAAUGAAAUUAGUGAGCGGGUGGUACAGCAUUUUGUGCACUGCAUCGAGACGCAUGGCCGCCACGUGGAAUAUCUGCGCUUUCUGCAAACCAUUGUCAAGGCAGACGGCAAAUAUGUCAAGAAGUGCCAAGAUACAGUAAUGACAGAGCUAGUUAAUGGGGGUGAAGAUGUGCUGGUGUUUUACAAUGAUAGAGCAUCAUUUCCGAUCCUCCUCCAAAUGAUGUGCUCUGAGCGGGACCGAGUGGACGAAAGCGGCCCUUUGGUUUACCACAUCACCCUGGUGGAACUGCUAGCAGCAUGUACAGAAGGGAAGAACGUUUACACUGAAAUAAAAUGUAACUCCCUUCUUCCACUAGAUGACAUAGUGAGAGUGGUGACUCAUGAUGACUGCAUACCUGAGGUGAAGAUAGCAUAUGUGAACUUUGUCAAUCAUUGCUAUGUAGACACUGAGGUUGAAAUGAAGGAAAUCUACACCAGUAACCACAUCUGGAAACUAUUUGAAAACUUUCUUGUUGAUAUGGCAAGGGUUUGUAACACAACCACGGACAGAAAACAUGCAGAUGCAUCUCUGGAGAAGUAUGUCACAGAAUCUGUAAUGAGCAUAGUGAGUGGUUUCUUCAGUUCUCCAUUUUCAGACAACAGCACAAGCCUCCAGACACAUCAGCCUGUUUUUAUCCAGUUACUGCAGUCUGCGUUUAGAAUUUACAACUGUACCUGGCCAAACCCAGUGCAGAAAUCUUCAGUAGAGUCCUGUAUCAAAACUUUAGCUGAAGUUGCAAAGAACCGUGGAAUUGCAAUCCCUGUGGAUUUGGACAGCCAAGUUAAUACACUCUUCAUGAAGAGUCAUUCUAAUAUGGUGCAGAGAGCAGUGCUGGGUUGGAGAAUGUCUGCCCGCAGCGGACCUCGCUUUAAAGAAGCACUUGGAGGACCGGCUUGGGAUUACAGGAAUAUCAUUGAGAAACUACAGGAUGUUGUGGCCUCCUUGGAACAGCAGUUCAGCCCCAUGAUGCAGGCUGAAUUUUCGGUGUUGGUUGAUGUAUUGCACAGCCCUGAACUUCUUUUCCCUGAGGGAAGUGAUGCUAGAAUCAGAUGUGGGGCUUUCAUGUCCAAGCUGAUAAAUCAUACAAAAAGGCUAAUGGAGAAGGAAGAAAAACUCUGUAUUAAAAUUCUCCAGACAUUACAAGAAAUGCUUGACAAGAAGGAAAGCUUUGUGGAAGAGGGUAGCAACCUGAGGAAAAUACUUCUCAAUCGCUAUUUCAAAGGUGACUAUGGAACCAGUGUGAACGGUCCUCUGUCCAGCAACUACAGCAAAGCAAUGCAAGGAGGAGGUAGCUUUUCAGGACACGAUUCAGAUAAGUCUGCUGUGUCAAUGCAAGAUAUUCAGUGCCUUCUGGAUAAAGAAGGUGCAUCAGAACUUGUCACGGAUGUCAUAGUUAGUACCAAAAAUGACAGGAUAUUCUCUGAAGCCAUCCUGCUUGGGAUUGCAUUGCUUGAAGGUGGAAACACACAGAUCCAGUAUUCCUUUUACCAGCAACUGAAUGAGCAGAAAAAAUCGGAAAAGUUUUUCAAAGUUCUGUAUGAUAGAAUGAAAAUGGCCCAGCAGGAAAUCCGAUCAACUGUAACAGUGAACACAAUUGAUUUGAGCAGCAAAAAGAAAGACGAUGACAAUGACCUGACCAUCUCAGUUCCAAAAAAGAGAGUAAGAGAUUCAAAUCUGCAUCUGAAAGAAGGAAUGAAGGGGCAAUUAACAGAAGCCUCGAUGGCAACAUCUAAAGCUUAUUGCGUAUACCGCCGAGAAAUGGACCCAGAAAUAGAUCUCAUGAGUGCUGGAACAGAUGCCGGGAAUGUAGAUGAAAAAUCUUCAGAAGAAAUGACAAUGAGUCCUGCUAUUGUGAUUAUGCAACCAAUACUAAGGUUUCUUCAGUUAUUAUGUGAGAAUCACAAUCGAGAACUUCAGAACUUUUUAAGAAAUCAGAACAACAAGACCAACUACAACCUAGUAUGUGAGACACUUCAGUUUUUGGAUUGCAUUUGUGGAAGUACAACAGGUGGACUAGGACUUUUGGGCUUGUACAUCAAUGAGAAGAAUGUAGCUCUGGUGAACCAGACACUUGAAAGCUUGACUGAAUAUUGUCAAGGUCCAUGCCAUGAAAACCAGUCCUGCAUAGCGACACAUGAGUCUAAUGGCAUAGACAUUAUCAUUGCCCUGAUCCUGAAUGAUAUCAAUCCUCUUGGAAAAUACCGUAUGGACCUAGUGCUUCAGUUGAAGAAUAAUGCCUCCAAGCUUUUGUUGGCUAUUAUGGAAAGCAGGCAUGACAGCGAAAAUGCUGAAAGAAUCCUUUUCAACAUGAGACCAAGAGAGCUGGUGGAUGUAAUGAAGAAUGCAUACAGUCAAGGUCUGGAGAGUGAACAUGAUGAGGAAAAUGGGGGUGACGAUAUUUCACCAAAAGAUGUUGGACAUAAUAUCUAUAUAUUAGCUCAUCAGCUGGCUCGCCACAAUAAAAUACUGCAGCACAUGCUGAAGCCUGGGUCUGAUCCAGAAGAAGGAGAUGAUGCUUUGAAGCACUAUGCUAAUCACACAGCCCAGAUUGAGAUUGUGCGUCACGAUAGGACUAUGGAACAAAUAGUCUUCCCUGUGCCAAAUAUCUGUGAAUUCCUCACGCAUGAAUCCAAGUACCGUGUGUUCAAUACUACCGAGAGAGAUGAACAAGGAAGCAAAGUGAAUGACUUUUUCCAACAGACAGAGGAUCUGUAUAAUGAAAUGAAGUGGCAAAAGAAAAUCAGGAAUAAUCCAGCUCUAUUCUGGUUCUCCCGGCAUAUUUCCCUCUGGGGGAGUAUAUCUUUCAAUCUGGCCGUUUUCAUCAACCUGGCAGUAGCUCUUUUCUACCCAUUUGGAGAUGAUGGCGAUGAAGGCACACUUUCUCCGUUAUUUUCAGUUCUUCUCUGGAUAGCAGUCGGCAUAUGUACAUUGCUGCUUUUCUUCUUCCCUAAACCCGUUGGUAUUCGCCCAUUUCUGGUGUCGGUAAUGCUCAGGUCCAUAUACACUAUUGGCCUUGGGCCUACAUUGAUCCUCCUUGGUGCUGCUAACCUUUGUAACAAGAUUGUAUUUUUGGUGAGCUUUGUUGGGAAUCGAGGCACAUUUACUCGUGGAUACAGAGCAGUCGUCAUGGACAUGGCCUUCCUCUACCACGUUGCCUAUGUCCUUGUCUGCAUGCUGGGACUCUGUGUGCACGAAUUCUUUUACAGCUUCCUGUUAUUUGACUUGGUGUACAGAGAGGAGACUUUACUGAAUGUAAUUAAAAGUGUUACGCGGAACGGACGCUCCAUUAUUUUGACUGCAGUCUUAGCGCUCAUCCUUGUGUAUCUCUUCUCCAUUGUUGGCUUCUUGUUCCUGAAAGACGACUUCAUCAUGGAGGUGGAAAGACCACCUGUCACAGAGAGUGGCCCUGUUCCUACCACAAGAUUAACAGCAAUGAUGGAUGCAUGUUCAAAGGAGAACUGUAGUACUACAAUACCAGCUUUAAAAUUAGAUGAAGAACCAGAUGAGGAUGGGAUUGAGAGGACAUGUGAGACUCUGCUCAUGUGUAUUGUGACAGUUCUGAACCAGGGCCUGAGAAAUGGUGGUGGAGUGGGGGAUGUGCUCCGAAAGCCUUCUAAAGAUGAGCCCCUCUUUGCUGCUCGAGUUGUCUAUGACCUCCUGUUUUAUUUCAUUGUCAUCAUUAUUGUCCUGAACCUCAUUUUUGGAGUCAUAAUUGAUACAUUUGCAGAUCUCAGAAGUGAAAAACAAAAAAAAGAGGAAAUCUUGAAGACAACGUGUUUCGUCUGUGGGCUUGAGCGAGACAAAUUUGAUAAUAAGACAGUUUCCUUUGAGGAGCACAUAAAGGCAGAACACAACAUGUGGCACUAUUUAUACUUCAUAGUUCUGGUCAGAGUGAAAGACCCAACAGAAUACACUGGUCCCGAAAGUUAUGUGGCUCAAAUGAUUGUGGAAAAGAAUUUAGAUUGGUUCCCUCGGAUGAGAGCCAUGUCCUUGGUCAGCAACGAAGGUGACAGUGAACAGAAUGAAAUCAGAAACCUGCAUGAGAGAUUGGAGUCCACCAUGAGCCUGGUCAAGCAGCUCUCGAGUCAACUAGCUGAGCUUAAAGAACAGAUGACAGAACAAAGGAAAAACAAGCAGAGGCUGGGCUUUCUUGGAUCAAAUGCUGCGUCCCACGUGAACCAUCACAUGCCACCACACUGAGAGCGUUUCAUCCGUAUUCUCGAUCCAGAGUGGUGAACAGCGCCUAUUGUUACAACGUUACAAAUAACAGUGUGCCAGUAUCUUACAUGGUUUAGCUCUGGGAACAAUUUGUAACUGUUUUUUUCUUCACUAUUGAAAGGGGCCACCAGCUCAAAUAUUACAGAUAAGGUUGUGGUAAGGGAAGCUCUUCUGCAUCUUUCCUCAGGCAAAACAAUUUAAAACUGGCAGGGGUGGGGGGAGAGAGUACAACCUUCAUUUACUCUCUUGUAAUUCAGUUGGCUGCCGGCAGAUGCAAAGGCAUGGCAGAAUUUGGUUCUGUUGUUUUGAAUGCCACCGUAAGAAUCCUUGUAAAACUAAUGGAGCAACCAAGAAACACAGAAUCCAACAGCCGCAUUCAGAAUCUGUAGAAGUUCUUUCUUGUCACCUUUGCUGGCCAGCAUCAUUUGUUAUCUUUGUUUGGAAUUUUUGCUCUCUCUCCCCCUGCCAUUCUAAUUACCGUAAAUAUGCCAUUGGAGGAGGCAAUAAUGUUAUGGCAAGUUAAUUUGCAUUGAAAGAUGAACAAAAUCACCCUCAAAAAAGCAUUGUUUUUCUCUUUUAAAAAAGGGUUGCAGAGACAAGUAUUAAGGCUAAUAGAAAUUUUGCUGUCAGCUGUGCAAUUCCUUAUUUAUAAAAUAGAGCACAAUGGACCUGCAGCUGGGAGAACUUGAAAUUUAUGUACAUAACCACUGAAAACAUUAACUGGAAGUGAUUUCUUUACUCUUGAAUUUAGAUGCUCCCUAUUAAUGUGGCUGCAAGUAGAGAAUUCAACUAAUGGUCGUCUUUAACUGUGUUUUAAAAUUCAUGAUCCAAGGAGGAGAAAAUGUGAUAUUUUAGAACUAGUGUUAGAGAUUAAUUUCAGGGGGUAAACAGCUUUGAGAUGAACUGUCUAGAAAAAAUGUAAAGAUACUGCUACUGUCCAUAAACCACAGGGGGGGAAAGCUAUUUCUUUUGGCUUCAGCUCCUCCUUUCUCUUUUUCCUGUACAAAAUGUUUCUCAGAUAGGGUUCCCCUCCUGUAUGAAUGGACAGCCUCCCACCGUCCCUGACCAUUGGUCAUGUUGGCUAGGGCUGAUGGGACUGAUGGGAAUUGGAGACGAACAGAUUCCCCACUGACACAGGAAUAUUUCAUCAAUAUGCAUCUUCUGAUCCACUAGAUUGUGGCCAUCAUUGGUUCUGCUUGGAAUUCAUGUGACUUUGCUGUGGUGAAGGGAGAUCAGCUCUAGUUUCCAAUUCAGAAUCAGGGUUGUACAAUAAGCAGGGCCUUAUGUUCUUUCCUUUGACAAUCCAAAAGUGCAGAACUCACAAAUAAGAGUGAAAGGCAUGCAGUUUGCACUAUUCCUAAGUAAAAUUGCCUUUCUCUAUGCACUUGUCUCCAGCUGAGUGUUCUAGUACAAAUGCUUCUAAAGAAUUGUGAAAAGGCAUUGAGCAAAGCAAAACAGAGGGACGCAGGGCUUGCCAAUCAGAAGGUCGGCAGUUCGAAUCCCCGUGACAAGGUGAGCUCCUGUUGCUUGGUCCCAGCUCCUGCCAACCUAGCAGUUCGAAACCAUGUCAAAGUACAAGUAGAUAAAUAGGCACUGCUCUGGCAGGAAGGUAAACGACAUUUCCGUGCACUGCUCUGGUUCGCCAGAAGCAGCUUAGUCAUGCUGGCCACAUGACCCGGAAAAACUGUCUGCGGACAAACGCCAGCUCCCUUGGCCAGUAAAGCGAGAUGAGCGCUGCAACCCCAGGGUCGCCUGCGAGUGGACCUAACAGUCAGGGGUCCCUUUACCUAUACCUGUAAAGCAAAACAGGUAGCCUGAUUGCGUAUUAUAAGAGCUAAGAAGGAAACAAUUAGCAGUGCUGGGAAGUUUGAAAAAAAGAAUUAUCAUGUUUGCUAUUCCUUCUUGGAAUAAAGCAAUCCUAAUUUGGAAGCCAUAAAUGCAAUUCUAAUGCAGUUAAAUCAGUGAGAUUACAAAUAAAUUGCAUACAAUGCAAUUCUACAUAAUACUUACUUUGCAAGUUCCAUUGGCUUGUAACAUAAUUUAUAAGAAUUGGUGCUCAGCCUUUUGUUAGUUUUCAAUAAGCAUAUGUGUGGUCAAUAUUUAGUGGCUUGUAGCCCACACCUUUUACAUGUUAUAGUGAGUUGUGUAGACUAUUAGGUCAGAUCUUAACAUGAUGGUAUGUUGGGUUUAUUGAUAGAAUAAAGUGGAAAACUGUUUCUUGGAUGCCUUAUCAAAUUGCAAGCCUUUCUAUCACUUUAACAAGCUCAGACUUAGUCCUCCUCUUUAGUUUGAAUCAUGCAAAAAGAUUGAAUCAGCUCAGCAGGAGAUCAAUAAUAGAUUGCAACUGUCCAUAUUCAGAUUGUGCCUGGAUUGAGGCCUUGCUCUGUCCUUCCCAGCCACCUUCCCUUUGCAUCUUGCUCUGAGGAUAUGGAGGUUUCACUGACAAAGUGCCUGCAUAAACUGAAAGCCAAACUGCAGAAUCUGUUCCAGCCCUAGUAGGAACUGAUGGAAAAAGUUUUAAUGUUAACCAAUUGAUUUAUGCACCUCUGUAAAGAGGAAAAGAACUGCAGUCUGGUAAGGGUAGCGUAUGAUAAGGCUCUUAUAGUAGGCAUGCAGUAGCUGUCACUCAGAGGUUUUGCUUGUAUAAGGACCCAGGCUCAUUCCCUGGCAGCUUAAGCUUAAAGAAUCUCGAACAGCAGGACUGGGAGAGAUUCUUGUCUGAGACUUUGGAGAGCCAUUGCCAGUCAGAGUAAAUAGUCCUUAGCUGAAAGAAUUAAUAAUCUAUUCCAUACUAUAAAGCAGUAUUUCUCAAAUUUGAGCCUCCAGCAGUUGUUGGACUACAACUCCCAUCACCCCUAAUCAGUGAUCAGGGAUGUUGGGAGUUGUAGUCCAACAACAGCUGAAGAUCCAGGUUUGAGAAACAUUGCUACACAGUAUAAGUACUUGCUUGUUCCAGCCCAUAUUGUUUGAGCUGGUUACAUCUCCAUUCUGCCUCACCUCCACCCAGUGGCGUAGGAAGGGGAUGCGGGCCGCCCUGGGUGUGGUGACAAAACAGCAAAAAGAUGUGUUUUUGGAAAAAUAACUCCCGCACCCACUGCACCCUCCCCUGGAGUGAUUUCCAGAAACCAGAAGCAUUGCUGCCUGCAACUUUGCCCUCUCCUCCAUGAAUCAGCCUGAUCCAAAAGCAGAGCUGGGUGAGGCGGGGGGGGGGCACUGGGCGCCACACAGCGAGGCCUGCAGCGUGCCUGAGACAGGUGUAUCUCCUGAGGGGGAGGAGGUGGGCAGACUGCCUGCAAGCUCCGCCCUGCUGUUUUGAGCAGCACGGGGCUUGCGUCUGCCCACCGCCUCAGCCACCCUACAGCUGAGGGGGAGGCUGCAGAGAGGCUCCUGCCUUGGCUUGCCCCACCCCAUGGGCGACUCGUUCAGCCCCUGGCUGCAAAGCGUGCACGCUGCCCUGGGUACCCGAGUGGCUAGCUACACCGUUGCCUACACCACAGAAAUGCACACUGUGCAGCAGGGGUAGCUGGUGCCCAUUGGCUCUGGAAUGGUGGAAAGCAGGGAGCUCAAGAGUAGGCAGACAGCCAACUGUCCCCAUCUGUGCUGAGUUCUACAAGGACUAAGGAGAAGGAACCUGACGGGUAGUUGGAUUGUUAAGGGAAAAGACAGGCAGCUGAAGGCAAACUAAGGUUGGUAGGGUGGUGCCCUGUUUAUUGUGGAGCUUCCACGUGGUCUCACAGAUGUUGCCAUUCACAGGUUGCAGGCUUCCCCAGGGUGUGCACUGGAUUUUUACCAUGUGCCAGCUUCUCCCAUAAUGUGUGCAAACGCUUUCUCAAGUGGAAGGCAGCUUCAAACAAAGGAGAAUACCACCCAAGCGAGAAGCAAAGGAGAAGCAGACACGGAGCAAUGGAUUCAAGCUACAAGAAAGAAGAUUCCAUGUAAACAUUAGGAAGAACUUCCUGACAGUAAGAAGAGCUGUUCGGCAGUGGAAUUUGCUACCAAGGAGUAUGGUGGAGUCUCCUUCUUUGGAGGUCCUUAAGCAGACGCUUGACAGCCAUCUGUCAGAAUUGCUUUGAUGGUGUUUCCUGCUUGGCAGGGGGUUGGACUGGAUGACCCUUGUGGUCUCUUCCAACUCUAUGAUUCUAUGAAAUCUGAAAUGUAAGUGAUGAGAGUGGAGGGCAGGGUCCUGAAGCAAAUCCUCCUGCCCUGGAUCUCUCCUAAUUUCAAUUUUAUCCAGCAUUGAUAAAGUUGGACUGGAGUUCAUCAACCAGAAUUAAAAUUUAGGAGCAGGAUCCACCCACAGUUAAGGUUUUAGGUAUGCUACACCAAAUAAUUCAGCCCAGAUUUGGAUUAAGCUUUUUAAAAAAUAUUUUUUAAAAAUUAGUUUUCAAUUACAGUCCAAUAAUAGCCUCAUUAUAACAAUACCAAUUUAUGAUACAAUUAUUAAUACUAAUCAUUCAAAUACCAAAUUAUAUAAUUUAGAUAAAGUGGCCCCCACAUGCUAGAUUUGAUGAUUUGAUGAUUUUCUUUGUUUCUGCAUUCCAAAAUCGUAUAAAUUUCAAUUACAUUCUGGCCAUAAUAAUCAUCCCCCAGGGGAUGCUUCAGGGGGCACAAGGUAGAAGAAUGUUUGAGUGGACAUGGACCAAACACAUGGUGGCCAAAGACGCCCCCUAUUUUUUCCUAUAAGGUUUUGAAAAUUUAAUCAGUGGCAUGAAGUUCCAUUCUGAUGGUGGCUUGAGGCAUUCCUUUUGUGAUUUGGGACACAGUGCUUCAUGGGAACAGUGGUAUGUCCUGACAUCGCAUCAUUCUCGGCAGAAUCUGAAGAAGGGGAGAGACGUCUUCCUCAGAGCCAAUAGGAUGAGUUGAAGCAUGUGUUUAAACACUUCUGUUUAUCUCAUUGGGAAUGAUUACAAGUACUUAUGGUUGGGUCGUGUUUUGGUGUUGUUUGUGUAGCCCUGUAAUUGAAACCUCUAAAAUGCUAAAAUGAAAGUUCAACAAGAUUCAAAAUUUAAAAAGCUGAACUGAAAUUAUGUCAUAGAAUCAUAGAAUCUUAGAGUUGGAAGUGACCCCAAGGAUCAUCUAAUCGAAUUCCCUCAAUGCAGGAAUCUCGGCUAAAGCAUCCUUGACAGAUGGCCACACAACCUCUGUUUAAAAACCUCCAAGGAAGGAGAGUCCACCACCUCUCGUGGGAGUCUGUUCCACUGCUGAACAGCUCUUGCUAUCGGAAAGUUUUUCCAAAUGUUUAGUCGGAGUCUCCCUUCUUGUAACUUGAAGCCAUUGGCUUGAGUCCUACCCUCCAGAGCAGAAGAAAACAAGCAUGCUCCCUCCCUUCAGAUAUUUGAAGAUGGCUAUCAUAUCCCCUCAGUCCCCUCUUUUCCAGGCUAAACAUACCCAGCUCUCCUCAUAAGACUGUUUUCAGACCCUUGAUCAUCUUGGUUGCCCUCCUCUCCACACGUUCCAGCUUGUCAACAUCCAUCUUAAAUUGUGGUGCCCAGAAUUGGACACAGUAUUCCAGGUGUGGUCUGACUAAGGCAGAAUAGAGUGGUACUAUGACACCCCUUGAUCUGAACACUAUACUUCUGGUGAUGCAGCCUAGAAUAGCAUUAGCUUAUUUUUGCUGCUGCAUCAUACUGUGGACUCAUCUUAAGUUUGUUGUCCACCAAGACCCCUAGAUCCUUUUCACAUGUACUGCUAGUAAGCCAGGUCUCCCCCAUCCUAUAAUUGUGCAUCUGGAUCUUCCUGCCAAAGUGUGGAACAUUACAUUUGUCCUAUUGAAAUUCAUUUUGUUAGCUUGCGUCCUGUUCUCCAAUCUGUUGAAUUCAGAUUCUGUCUUCUGAAUUUUGAAUUCUGAUUCUGUCUUCUGUGGCAUCAGUUACGCCUCCCAGUUUGCAAAUUUGGUUAGCAUCAUCUCAAUCCCUUCCUCCAAGUCAUUUAUAAAGACAUUGAACAACGGGCCCAGGACAGAACCCUGUGGCACCCUGCAUGAUGAGUCCUCUUUGGGUUCAGUCAGUCAACCAGCUACAAAUCCACCUAACAGUUACCUCAUUCAACCCUUCAUUUUACCAGCUUACUCACGAGAAUAUCAUUGGGGACUUUGUCAAGCCUUACUGGUUUUAUGCCCAUUCUGGAGUUGUGCAAACUUUUGUAGAUGUGCAGAAUUUUUGUUUAAUGCUCUGCCUUCAUGCUUAUUAACACUAGGAUCUUUAGCAACUUGCAGAGGGGUAUCUCCCUGUCUUCCUCCAGUGCCUUCCUGUCCCAUGCAUUAGUGCAAGAAAGUACAGAGGCAGGAAGCUCAGUUUUAAAAAAUCUGGAACAAAUUGGUACACUGUAAACACAUAAUUAUGGUGUCCACUGGUGCUUUGGCUACAUAUUUUAGGUUCUUGGAGAGAAAGCACUUUGUAGUUUUGAGGUCACUUUAUAUUGUUUUCAAAGCUAAGCACAGGUCAGUCCUAUUCAGCCUUUUCAUUUGCACUCAUCGUUAUGAUUAUUUUGCUGGAUGAUGGGGGGGGGCAUACUGGAAUAUAAUAAAAUUCCUAUAGAGUGUUAAUUUUGCUCAGGAAAGGGUAGAUAGAUAUAUAACUCCAAAAAUAGCUAGUGCUUUUGUUAUUGAAGCUUGCUUUAAGAGUCUCGCUUUAAAAGUAAAAAACUUAAGACUAUACUAACUUGCUCUCCUGAUUUGUGUGCACUAGAUUCCCAGUUGAGAGUGCAAUCUGCACUUGUCAUGGUCACUACCAGCAAUCCUCCAUAGUCUUCCCGUGUCCUACAAAGAAUUCAUGUGCACAUGGGGCACAGAAUAGGGUUACCAUAUUUCAAAAAGUAAAAACCAGGAUUCCCCAGUGGUUGAGCUUUAUUUAUACAAACCCCAAAGUUAUUGAGCUUUUUUAAAAAACAAAAAUGCCCCCCAAGCACUAUUUUUGGGUUUACUUGCCGAAGAUCCAGGACAAACCACCACCUUCCAGAAAUUUCCCCUUCCAGAACUUCCACCUUUGAGGUCCUGGCAUAUGGCAACCCUAGCACAGAAUGUGCAGACUGAAACUAGUUCUCCUGCUGCCACUUCCCAAAUGGUUGAAGACCUGUUUGAUUGGGCACCCAGAAAGAAGCCUGGAAAAUAUGCUGGAGUGAAGCAUAUAUUUUUGAGGGGUGCCAUGUAUGGAGGUCAAAGCCGUGGAAUAUUGGUUGUAAUAUUCUAUUAAUGUUUCCCAUGAUGCUAUUUGCAAUAUUUAGAGCUUCCAAGCCAGUCUGUCAAUACAGAUAUUUCUAUAGUCUCAGGCUGUAAAUGUGCAACACUUUUUACAAUGUCAAUUUUUUACAAGUUUGUGGGGCCUGGAUGUUCAGGGUGAGUGAAACUUUCAUACAAAUAAACAAUACUUCCUAAAGUUAGGAGCAUCAAUCUGUAAUUUUGUACAAGGUGUGGGUGCGAAAGGUUUAAGGUCCUGAUCCAGCAACUCCAAGGCAUAAUUGGACUUCAAUACAAACCCUGGAGCUCUGCAUUCAUUCCCAUGUCAGGAAAAGCUCUGCAUAGCUCAUAGCUCAUGAUGAAAGUAUCAGAUCCUUGAGACUUCUUAAUUAAGUUGCUGGGAGGGGAAUCACUGUUAUGCCCACAUUAGAAUCAUAGUUGGAAGGAUCAUCUAGUCCAACCCCCUGCAAUGCAGGAAUGGGCAUGAAUGGGCAUGGCUAUUAAAUGCAACUCAGAUUGCUAUAAUGCCUCAAAUAUUUAUGGGCAUGGAGGGCAAAUAAAGACUUAUUUAAAACCUGAGAGAAAAAGUAACUGUUUCUACUUAAGUAAAUAUGCCCAUUGCUGCUGAAUGUAACUUUUAAUAAACUUUUUCUCCUUUUAUACAUAUUUGUGUCUUUGCAGCUGUGUGCAAUUUUUUGGUAAACAGCUUCUUAAAAGAAUUAGAAAAGCAAAUCUAGAUCUAGUUCCUUCAAAUCUACUUCAACUUAGUGUUCACUCUUAUGUAGCCUAGUUAAAACUGGAAAAGGAGAGGAAGUGCUAGACACAGUCUUAACUUAAUUAUUCACAACUUGCGUGGCGAUACCCAGACCCUCCAUGAGUAAAUAAAGACACAGGACCCGGUGAAUAAGGUUAAUAGGCAUAAAAGGCCACAACUUUAUUGUUUACGGAUGUAGAGAGGUAUUGGCUUAGGCAUUGGAUCUAACCGACUAUACCCAAUUCCAGCCCAUUGUACUGUCAGUCUGUGAAGGGUUAACCACCGUUAGGUGAGCCCUGCGAUGCAGAUCAACUAGGAACUUACCCUGGGGCCACUGACAAGGAGCGUGCCUUAGGCCCUCACCUACCACGACUUCAGACAUAGCCACGCCCCCGGACUCCUUAAGGGAGUACCCCUCAGCAUUUUGGGGGAGGUGAUGGCAGCAACCUCCCCUCCACCUGUGACCUUUCAGAGAUAAUCCAAUGCCUAACCGCCAAUCAAACCUAAAGGGCUCACCGCCAAUACCCUCACGUUGUUGUUUGUUGUUGUUUAGUCGUUUAGUCGUGUCCGACUCUUCGUGACCCCAUGGACCAGAGCACGCCAGGCACUCCUGUCUUGCACUGCCUCCCGCAGUUUGGUCAAACUCAUUUUCGUAGCUUCGAGAACACUGUCCAACCAUCUUGUCCUCUGUCGUCCCCUUCUCCUAGUGCCCUCAAUCUUUCCCAACAUCAGGGUCUUUUCCAAGGAUUUUUUUUUCUUGGAAAAAAUACCCUCACAACCGUAACCAAUACCUAAUAGCAUUGAGAAUGUCAGCAAGCCAAACAUCAUUUCCAGCAUUUGAAAGAUGCAUGCCAGCAUCACAGUAAAGGGACUGGCUGACACCUUUUUAGCCACAGCCAUAUCCAAAAACUUCCUUGAUUUAUUGAUAGCCGCGGGGGAGUGACAGUCACGCCAAAUGCGUCUUUCCAGCAGUGAAGACCAAAGGAUGGUUAAAUUUGGGGAGGUGGCCACCAGUUCAUCAAAGUCCCUAGAAAUCUUCAACUUCAAAUCCACGCCUUUGCAGUAGGCCAAAUCAUUUUCACCAAGCUGAACCACCAAAACAUCAGGGGAAUUUUGCGAGGCGGCCCUGGCCUUCACAGCUGGCAGGAGUUCGUCCCAGCAUAUCCCUCUCCUUGUAAUCCAGGAGACUUUGAUCCGUAGUGGAAGCCCCAAAUUGGGACCCAAUCUCUGAUUAAAGGUGCGAGUCCGAGCCCAGUGCAUGAUACUGUGACCAACCAUCCAGAUAUUUACAGCAGUAUCUCCUGAAAACAGAGCAAAGAGGAACGUAAGUGAUAUGCCAAACACGAUUGCUAGUCACAUUGUGCAGCGGAGGUAACCCUUGUAAACUUUGGACUUCCAACGACCCAAAUCCUUUAUCCUCUCCGUAGAAAGGCCCAUGUGUACUGCUGUUGUAGCUGCGCCAAUUCGAAAGGAAUGUGCAGCGAAUUCAGAGGGAGGGAGUCUGCAGGCAGCGAUGGCCCUGCGCAUCACACACGUAAACUGAUGAUGGGCCAGGCGACUGGAGUGGGCAGGACGAAGGUGGCCUUAAAUGAAGGAAUUGCCUGGUGUCCUUCACCAGGCAAGGACUGCUGUGCCCUGUGGCCGGCAGGUUAGAAAGGUUAGAUCACGAAUAACAGGCUUUCCUUUCCAGCUGGGAGGCCACUGCUGGGCGCACCACCUUCCCUUAAAGUAAACCCCGGAUCCCAAGGAACCAGCUGCAUCUGACUGAACCUGAAAAUCAACUUUCAACCUUAAAUUGUCCUGCCACAACGACACACCGUUAAAAUUAUCAAGAAACCUUAGCCACACCUCAAGGUCUGACUUAACCUCUUUGCUGAGGCACACCCUGUGGUGCGGAGCACGGAGUCCAGCAGAUAAUCUUGCUAAUCUAGCACAAAUGGGACGUCCCGGGGAUACUACGCAGCAAGCAAAAUUAAGAUGACCAAGGACAGACUAUAUUUGUCUAAGGGUAACCUUUUUGAGGGGAAGCAUUUCAGAAAUUAUUUGUUUAAGGGAUGCCAAUUUCUCUUGAGGCAAAUGUGAUGUUUGGGCAAUGGUGUCCAAUUUGAUGCCUAAAUAAGUGAUGGUUGAGACUGCUCCGUGGCCAAGGAAGCAAAAGCCUCUAGGAGAUAAGCACAAUCCGAAUUAUGUACACUACCACAGAAAAUCAUCUAGGUAAUGAGCCACGCCCUCCAAACCAAAAAGCUGAACAAGCUACUGAACAACCCAUUGGCAUAGCUUUGUCGAUGAAGUACGCCCCCUCAAACCUGAAUCCCAACCAUCUAAAAUCUUGUGGGUGAACUGGUAAAAGACGAAACGCAGAUUCAAUACCAGAUUUUGCAAAUAAGGUGGAAGUCUUAACAUCUUUCACUAGUGCACCUCCUUUCCAUUCUAAUGUGCCGUUAAAGGACUUGCAAAGGAGUCCUACAAGAUCCCCCCCCCUUCUCCCCAGUAACCUUCCAUAGGGGUAUCACUAUCUGAAUCCAAAGAGGAGGUACCUGAAUCAUCCUCCAUGUCUGACGGCUUACUCUUUUUGCUCUUCUUGUGAGAGCUCUUCUUAGACUUCUUUCCCUGUUUCUCGACCUGCGCCUGAUUCUGCUGAGGAGGUAAUGACUGCUCCCGCACCCCGGUAACUUCCCGUUGCCUCUGGAGUUCAUCAUCCAAUGAAGUAUCAGAAGUAGCCUGACUAGGCCUGACCUGGGUGCUGGCCAGGGGACCCUGCAAGCAACUGGGAAUGCCUGGAGAAAGCUGGAGAGAAGUAUUACCCCACCCAGAAGAUGAAGAUUGGGACCAUGUCCUUAUGCGCCCGGAUUGACUGUUGACAAAGGAAGCUGAGGUCCCCAGACGCUCCCCAGUGCUUGUGGCCGUAUCAGGAAUACAAUCUGGAGACCCCUCUGAAGGAAGCUCCUGUUAGGUGAGACCUGUUGGAAAAACCUUUGAAAGCCCGAGAAAAGGUUAGCAACAGCCUGAGGUGAAAUAGUAACCGUUGUUACACUUGGAGCACCUGAUGCUGCUGACCCAGACCCGACACGUUUUGCAGGAGGUGCCACUGCAGGUUCUUUUUGUUUACGCUUUGGAGCCAUUAUGCUAUGUAAACAGUAGGUCCAGUUGUCCAGUUAAAAUCAGCAGGGCUGCUGUGAGCAAACUGCAUGGGAGAGCGGCUGGGGGCAGGAACAAAGAGGCUGAGCCCCAGCUGUGCGCUCACUUUAAGGUAGCAAGCCACGCCCCCGGGACAUCCGGAUUGGACGCGCCGGGGAGCACCGGGCCCGGGCCCCAGCCUAUGGCUGGUGGGAUGGCAACCAUCCCCCCAGCACGUGAAGCGCUCGUGGGUGCCCGCA